AUGAAGUUUGGCGCUCAACUCUGGUUUCCAUUAUUGGACCUGUGGAAUACCAAGACUCGGGCUAUCAAGGAAGGACUUGUACUUAUAUUUAACCUUCUGAUGCCUUUGAUGAUGGAGAGUGAUGAUGCCCAGUUUCCUAAAUCCGAUGCGAUUGCACGACUGAAUGCGGCGUUAGACGGGGAACCUGGAAGUCGCUCUGGCCUUGAAGGCCUCUCACUUGAUGCCAUUCGGCUACAAAUAAUUCGAGACCGAAAGGCUAUCCGCAGUGCCUUCGAGACCAGCUCGUUCCGAUAUGGCGCAGAUUUCACCUCGUCACACGCACUAUCCUGGACUGCAUUGCAACUUCAGGCCGAUUGUAUCGCUCAGAUGCUUUUUUCUACAGGUUCAAGCUCAGACACACCACGACGGGGAGGCAAGAGUCUGCGAUUAUCAAGUCCGGUCUUGUCACUGUUGUCUCAAAUCAAAGCAGUCCCCUCGACCCGAAUCUAUCGAUUGCAGGUUCUGUUAUUCCUGGUAGAUCGACACUGGAGCAAGCUCUCAACUUCGACUCAAUCCGAGGUGUGCUCGACAUUGCUCGCGUUUUUCUCUCAGGAUGACCAUGCGUCAUCCUCAUGGGCGUUUAUUUGUUGUGCAGCUAUUGCCUGUGCCCAAGAGGCUGUUUCCCAUUCAAUCUCAAAAAACCCCGUUUCUGAGGAGCUCUCGCUUUUUUGGACGCACGCCAUUCGUAAAACGAGUGUGACUCUAGAGUGUAGAGCAGCUUGUCAUGCAGCGAACGCGAUCGCUCGGAACGGGCAUCUCGACGACCAAACGCUUUUCAAGGACAUCGAAGCAUUCGCAACUGACCUCCUAGUUCAAGGUCCCUCAUUUCCCCAUGAUAGCGUGUGCGCGUUUCUGGUCGAGUGCUUGCGGAUCGCUGGUCGAGAUGCCCGUCUAUAUCGAAAGCAACUUGAAGACAAAGUACUUGGUUGGCUAUCUGAGUCUUGGAACGUAACAGAAACUGUGCGAAAUAACUCACGAGCACGUCUAGACACAUUUUCACUGGCCGAUAUUUUAGAACUUUUGCAGGCCUCUUGUGUGAUGACUCGUCGUAUCCUUCCCAUCGCUGCCCCCCUCCUCCCUGAUUGUGUAACUACCGAAGUCAUGCUAGAGCGCCAUCAGAGCGAUUUGAUUCGAGAUUUCCUUAUCCAUGCUCAGCUCCCCGCGUUUCGUCCCAAUGCGUCCCGUAGGUCUGGCACUCGUGAGCCUAUAGCACCGAAUUCACUCAGUAAUACGGCGCAAAUACCUGAUAGUGAUCUCACCGUACCCAACGACCGUGCCCGAAAAUCAUCUGCAUUUCUUCUCAAGUCUCUUGGUACCCUGCUAGCGGAAUGGGACUCUGCAAAGGAUGCCUCUCUCAUGUCCCGUGAAGCGGCACGUAGGGCCGCAGAUCUGGCAUGCCUCGCUCUAUGGUUUGAGGCCUCGCUAGUCUCCGAUGGCAUGCGUUCCAAUGGUCGCGUAAUUAAGGCUGCGUGUAGCCUGAUUCAGAAUAUCAUCCCUUGCAUUUCCGCGUCUAGGUGGGCGGCUGACGAACGUGCAACGAUAUUGGUCGCAUUUAGCGUACUAAUUAAUGAGGGAGAAGAUACAAUUGAGCACACGCCCUGGAAGGGAAUAAUGGAUCCUGACGUAGACACUGGUAUCAAGCGGCGGGCUCUUGCUCAAAUGAUCCACCGAAACGCCCCCGGGACAGAAGAGGAAUCCAAGGCCCGACGAGGAUUAUUGCAGAAGAUCUGGCGUUCAUCGGAGGCAUAUAAUUAUCAGGCUCAAGAUAUAUUUGUAGAAUUAUCGCGGUUCCUGCGUCAGUCUCUUCACAGUCUAAGACCAGCUAGUCCAGGUGAAGAAAAGGCCUCUGGUUUGGAUGCCGAUGGAUUUUCAGAAAUCAGGACAGUAAAUUCUGAGGGGAGCGCGCGAGCUGUUGAUAGCUGGAUAACUUCCCGUGCAUCCUGUGCUCUUGUAUCGUUUGCGACUCGCUUCUUAACAGCCGUUCCUGCAUUUCAGUCACCUACCUUGGAGCCAGCUCGCGACAGAGACCUGUUACAGCUUUUGCAAUCAUGCGAUGGUCACGCCUUCUUCGCUCUUGCUCCCAGUGUUUUCGAGUGUAUUCGUCGCCAAUACCUCCAUAUGGACCACUCAGACUUGGAGAGUACUCUUGAUCACCUUGGCGACCUUCUCAAGUCUUACGCGCAUCCCCGUUGUGAGAAGAUGCAACUUGUUUUGAUUACAUUCUUAGAAUGUACUAUCUUCCUCUGGGUCCAGCGAGAUAACUCUGAAAAGGACUUUGGAGUUCAAUCACGCGUCUUGCUCCACUGGCUUUCCGAGAUGUUAGUCACACAGAAGAUACUUUCGUGGAAGGCCAGGGAUAAGUUUACUGUGCUCAUGAGCCACUACAUUGCGCUCGACCCGCAACAGUCUAUUUGGUCCACUCCUUCAGACGAUGAAAUAGACGCGUUGUCCUCCGAAUACUUGCCAGGCACGAUGCUUGUUAACCUGGGUACCGAUUGCGAUAUACGAGUAAGAGUUAGGGCUGCAGAGGCCACCGCUGGAGUAUUCAGAUCGUUGAAAUACACCGACACCAACCCUAUGGCUUUUUAUCAAGACGUACGAGCGCAACUUUCUAUCACAACGGAUGACUUUGAGGGUAUGCUUACUCGGUUCAUGGCCUUGGGAAACGUGAUGGUGGUUAGCUCGUCCGUCCGAAGAGGCCCAUAUUGGCACUUGCUCGAAACCUGUUAUCAUUCGACUGCUUUCAGCCGCCACAUGGAGUCCAUCCUCAUUGCAGUGGCAGAUCGAAUGGGCUUGGCCAACCUUUCUCAGCUAUUCGAGGCGUACGCUUCUCAAAUCGCAUUCUCUACAUGCUUAGCCCAAAAAGAUCUUGCGCAGAUUCCUUUUCAUUUAUUAGGCUACAAUUCCAUGCAAGAGCGCACCGAAGAGUCUUUCAGGCUUGUUGGUCCUACACUUUUGCUCGUCGGCGGCCUUAGAGAACCUGUCUCGCAUGGAAUCAAACAGUUCCAAGACUUGUGUAAAAACAUUGGCAUCUCUGAAUCGCAGGGUUUACGAAAUUGCUUCCACGAUGUCAUCGGACUUUCCGUUGUUUUCUACCACGAAGAGAGCCUUGAUGAAGAGACACAUAAAUUGUCACAAGAGGCCACUGCCGAUCUCAAAGAUGUUCUCUUGAAGCGGGCCAAUGACGCUUGUCCCCCGGAGGAGGUCGCCCAAGAUUAUCUCAUACGAGUUGCUCCCCAGAUCGUGGUCUCCAUUGUUCGAACUAUCAACGGGGCUCCAGAUGAGGAUAUAUCUAACGCCUUUGAACAACAAGGAAAGAGGAGUGCGGCCAAAGAUUUCCAAGCAUUCCAAUACUAUUGGGGCGAAUACGACUUUCCCGUACACGAUCCAGUUUUGCCUGCUUUCAAACCGCAGACCGUUAUUGCAUCGCUCUUCUGGUUCCUGGAAAAUCAUUCGACUUUGUUUGUCGAAUCACACCUUGCCUAUCAUGUUGCGCACCAUUUAUUCACAGCUAUCAAUAAAUCGCCCUUGGUCAACGAACAACUUCGCCUUUUACGUGCUCUCAGCAUAGUUGUUGCCUGUCUUAAACAAUUUCGCAAGGAUUGGACUCUUCUUCGUACUCUCAUACAUGGGUAUUCGCUCCUCCUUACUCAGCCCGAUCUUGCUAGAAUGGCCCAAUCGGCGCUCGAUUGGUGUCUUUUAUCCGUUCCAAAGCACGUAGCUGCGAUUACCUCAAGCUCACCAAGGCUCGAAGUUCUCGGAAGAAUGGGCCGAAUUGCCUAUGACUACACGCGAGAGAGCGACGAAUUUAUGCGCCAUUUGGGGGACAAACUCAUGGAUUGGGUGGAAGGCGUUACCGCCAAAUUGGAGAAACAGGCUUCCACUUCCCUAGGAGAUGCUCAAAACCUCCAUCCCGAAAUUCUCAAUGUUCUUGCGCUGUGGCCCAGAGAGCUUAAAUACUCGGAGCUGGUUCUGCGCGCUGAGGAGCUGGACUCGGAUAACAUGUCUUAUAUAUUACAACACUACGCAUCCAACGCCAGUAAAUUCCGAACUGUGCAUCGGCUUUUAUCAAUUACUCAUCAUGAGACUCACUACGAAGACUCUCGGCAAUCCGCUUUUGCGAAAGCAGACUUCUGGCACCUCAAAUCUUGUAUCCCUCUGGGCGACGAGAUUCAGAAUGAAGAUGCUGCGGCAUUUACUGAGCUGCUCUUCCUAAAUAAAGGAAACGUUCGAACAUUGACUUCAGACCGGCACGAUGCACACUCAGUGGAUGCCAUCCAUCGUUCCUCAGCGGUCAAAAACAAACGAGAUUCCACUUCACCACUGUCAGCUAUAUUGGUCGUUCUAUUCGACCUGGUUUAUUCUGAAGAUCCCGCCAAGGUCUUUAUUGCCUAUCAAACGAUCGGUCGGCUAUCGAAUCUGGAGGUCGAUCUGGUUAAUUUCCCCGGGACCCCUUCGAUUUCGAGGGGAGUUCAGCAAGAACGUGCAUUCUACCCUCAACAUGCAGAGUUUCCUCUUAUAAUCCAACCUCGAUUGCUGGAUGAGCUAUUGGUGGCAGAAGAUCUCAAGAACUCAGCAACAGAUUACUCCUUGUGGAUUUGCACGCUGAGCUCAUAUUUUUGCGCUGUGUUAUCCACAAUCAAAAGUCAAGAAUUCUUUGCCCAAUUAGUAGAAGUCGUUCGAACUGAUGAAAUAAUCGCCAAACAACUUCUUCCUGUCCUAGUCCACGCAGUACUGCAACACGAAGAUCACCAACUUGGAAUUCCCAAGGAUCGAUAUGGCACAGGUACCGCCAGGUCGCGAAUAUCGUCCUACUUUACCGAGCUUCUCACCCGAGAUUCCAUUUCCAUUUCAAUCGUCGACUGUCUGAUACAAGUCGUGUUGCACUUGCGAAAUUUCUAUCCUCUAUCUGGCCCAGAGCCUCGGGAUAUGUUGGUCUACAACCAUUGGUUAGAUAUCGACUAUCGGCUGCUCAGUGAAGGAGCUCUCCGCUGCGGUGCCUACACGACUGGGAUACUUUUCCUAGAAUUAUACGAGGAUCGAAUCCACGAUUUCCCUGAUGAUACUGUUACCCGCAGUACCGAAGAAAUCCUCUACGAUAUCUACAGCCACAUUGACGAGCCUGACGGAUUUUAUGCCUUCCAGUUCUUUGGUGCGAUGUUCGAAAGCCCUGGAGCAUCAGCUUCUAGUACUCCGGGUGUGUUGCAUUCCCUACAAUCUUUUGGGUUUGAGAACAUGGCUAUGACAAUGAUCAAUGGUUCAAAGAACGCUCAUGUCCCUUCAACGGACGAUGGAUAUACGCUGGGUUGGCGCACAGAAACAUGGGAUCUUCCUGUCUCCACCGAUAAUCUUCCUCCAGGCUCAUCCCUUUAUUACGCACUCAGGGCUGUUCACCAGGAGAGAGACCCUUCGGUGAUCCAGUUACGCGUCUGUGAUGCCCGCCGGAAUGAAAUGGAGCGUCUCAGAGCACUUGGUUCGGAAGAUAUGUCUCAUAUCAAAAAAUCGAUCCGUGCACUCAUGUGUAUCGGUGAAGUUCGGAAAUUCCUAGAGCCACAAGAUUCGAUAGCUUUCCACAAGACGUUUUCGUCGCUUUCACAAGAUUUUGAAUUUGAAGACUACGAGUCACUAGUUGCCACUCGGCUCUCGUUAAUCCGGGCCAAUAUUUACAAAAAUCGCGCCAUGCAAAUAGGCAAUAUAGACUCCGAAGACACCAAGAGGCUCCUCCAAUAUGAGCAAGACCUGCUCAUCAAAUUGUCCCAGGCUGCAAGAGAUUCUCAAAAAAACCAGAUUGCACUCAACUCAAUUAUCCGGGCUGGAAAUGGUGCACAGAACAACGGGUUUGAAUUCGCCCAAGAAUACGCGAGCGUGAUAUGGGCUAAUCAAGAACAGAAAACGGCAGUCAGUUUCCUCAAGCAAUUCCUGGGCCAACCGGAGGAUAAGUGUAGGCGUUCUCCCAAAGAUUUGGUUCCCUCUGCGCAAUUACUGUCCCUCCUUGGAACAUGGGCUUCGGAUGCUCGUUUGGAACAACCCAUGGAUAUUCGGGAGAAAUAUUUUUGGCGCGCUGAAAAAAUGCUUCAAGAGCUGCACCAACAUCCAUCACAUGCGAUUGUUUACCGCCGAUAUGCCGAAUUUGCAGAGGAGCAGUACGAUACGGCGCUCAAAUUAUCUCCCGAAGUGCGACGUCUCAAGGCAAGGAUGGACCGCAAAAAGAACGAACUCGCUCAAAUAGGAGAAACAUUGAGAAGAUCUGCUGGGAACGCCCAGUUAACUCAACAACAACGUAAAUCCCAAGCACUUCUCAAAGCAGACACCGAGCAGUUCGAUAGGCAUACCGAAUCUCAGCGAGUAUUCUUGGAGCAAGCCAUUGAAAUGUACGCCCGCUGUCUAGUCGCAGAUGAUUCAGAAAACAACGAUACUAUCAUUCGAUUCUGUUCACUCUGGUUCGCUAAUUUCUCGGAUCACGCUCUGAAUACAUCGGUACUUCGAGGAGCACUUCAGCAAAUCCCAUCGCAUAAAUUCGCCUUUCUUGCCCAUCAGAUUUCCGCUCGCUUGUCCACCACUGCCGACCCAAGUCAUUCAAAUAUCCGCAAUCUCAUGGCUCGCCUCUGUCAUGACCACCCGUUUCACACACUUUACCAAGUAUACGCGCUUGCUUCCACAAGUGCAGGUGGUUCAGCAGUAACUACGUCUAACCGGCGCCAGUCACGAACUUUGGCGGCCGAUCCUCAGUUACAGACUAAACGAGACGAAGCGGCUCGCAAUAUACUGGAAAGGCUUCAGCAGGACCAGUCCGUCGGAAAACGAGUUGUCCAAUUCGUCCAACUCUGCAACGCGUGCCUUCAAUGGGCGAAAUACUCACUGAAGCAAGACAAGGCUCUCAAAGAUAGCAAGAACAAGGUAGUGCCACAACACAUGGAGCUGGCCAAAUUAAAGGACUUGGACGUACCUGUCUCCACAGCAUACACGUCCAUCGAUAUGACUUGCCGGUACGAAGACAACAUUAUUCGAUUGACCCGUUAUGGAACCCGAUUCUCAACCGCUGGCGGGAUCAACCUUCCCAAAAUCAACGAUUGCAUUGGCGAAGACGGGGAGAGAUACAAACAGCUGUUCAAAGGGGAAGGAGAAGACGACUUACGACAAGAUGCAGUCAUGGAACAGGUUUUCGAGCUCGUCAAUAUCCUACUGAAGCGAGAUCGUGCUAGCAAAAGACGCAAUCUUAGAGUCCGAACUUACAAGGUCAUUCCACUUGCUUCCCAAGCUGGCUUGUUGGAAUUUGUCACGAACACGAUGCCUAUAGGAGGAUGGCUCCUCAAUGCGCACAAAAAGUACAACCCCGGAGACUGGCAACCCCCUGUAUGCACCGAUCAUUUGCGAAAGGCCCGUGCGACAGGGAAACCACAGGUACUCCUCGAUAUGUUCAUGGAAAUCCGAAAGAAUUUCAGACCGGUCAUGCGUCACUUUUUUACCGAAGCUCACAAACUCCCCACCGCCUGGUUUGAUAUGCGACUCAACUACCAACGUUCUGUCGCCACAACGUCAAUAGUGGGGCACGUUCUCGGACUGGGUGACAGGCACUUGUCGAAUAUUUUGAUUCACAAUAUGACAGGAGAGGUAGUGCAUAUUGAUCUCGGGAUUGCCUUUGACCAGGGCCGACUAUUGCCAAUUCCCGAGACUGUUCCAUUCCGACUGACGGCGGACAUUGUCGAUGGUCUGGGAUCCACUGGAACCGAGGGCGUAUUCAGAAGAUGUGCAGAGGAGACUCUUCGUGUGCUCCGUGACCAGGCGAGUGUGAUCAAGACCAUCUUGGAAGUCUUCAACCACGAUCCUUUGCAUUCAUGGUCUGCUGCCCCUGUCAAAAUCAAGCACAUCCAAGGUACAGCGGACACGGAUAUGGAUGGUAUGGGGCUCGAUACUGCAGAGGCUGAGGCAGCAGAUCGUGCGCUCUCUUCUGUCGCACGAAAAUUGGAUACUUCAAUGAGCGUCGAAUAUACUGUGAAUGAUCUGAUUGCUACCGCGACAGAUCCAGCGAACUUGUCCCAACUUUUUGUUGUAACCCGUGAUCCCUAA